CCAGCUGUGAGUGGAGGGCAGCAGAGGGAAAGGGGAGCGGGGUCUUAAAGAGACAUUCAUCCAUUGGAUUUUCACACCGCAAGGUGGGAAACUGAGGCAAAGGACACUGCCCAAAGUGCUCUGGGGGUGGGGGUGUACUUAUGGUUUACAUGCUUUUGACUUGUUGUUGCAGUGGUGUUGCAGGGAGUUCCUUCUCCCUUUUAAGAACAGUUUUCUCUUGUUCCACACAGACUUGGUGCUUGUGAAUCUGUGUGUAACUCAAGGGGCAGUAUUACCUCUUCAGAGGCCCCCGGGGGCAGUGGUUAGUGUUCCCUGGUUACUGGGUGGGCCAUCAGCCAGCCCUGUUUUGUAUUGUAAUGAGGAACCCCUAGAUAUUGGACCCAGCCCCUGUCCCUGCCCUCGCCCCCUGGCAGAAGGGUUACACUUACAGGCUAUUUCUCCUUGUUGCCCCUAGUUAUUCUGGAAUGAAGAAAAACUGUGAGCCAGAGGCAGUUCUUGGCCCAUGUGCUGGGCAGUUUAGCUGGAGUUUUAGCUUUGUUUAUCUCAGUCAGCAAAGGCCAUGGCUUAGAACCAAAAUCUCUCCACUGUGUAAACAGAUCUGGGCAGGGCGAAGGCAUCUCCAGCUUGAUUCGGCUUACGGGAACUGAAUGCAGGUCAGCUGAUCCCUUGCUAGAUGAGUGGCUACAUGUGCAGUGUUUGAACACCUGAGAGCUAUAUGUAGCCUACACGGCACUGGCUGUGCUCUGCUUUCUGGGAUCUCCGGUCAAAUAUAUGGAAAUAACGAAGAUAAACUGGGCUGAGUGUAGUGUUGUAACUUAGUUUCAGCUGUUUCCUGCAGGGAGGGAAAGGGCUUGGAAAAAUGUUUUUCCCCCUAGAGUUCUUUCUUUGAAGAAGCCCCAGUGGGAUCAGGGAAUCAGCUGGACCCUUCAACAUAAGACGUGUGGCUUGGGAUUCUGCCUGCCGGGAACAGUGAUCUGUUUGGGGAAAUCAGCAACUCAGGUACAUGGAGUCUCAGAGGGUCACAGCCGGUGGGAGGAGAGAGGAGGGCCCAUCUGUAGAGAGCCACCCCGUGACUGUGGCUGUUUGUUCACUGUGUGAGAUGCCAGCAGUCUGUGCAGCUGGGAAUGGCACCCGACUCCUUCGAUGACCAAUACACCGGCUGCACUGAAGAAAUGGAAACAGAUAUUGCACCUCGCCUGCUAGAGGAGGAAAAAGCCAGACACCCGCUGCUGGGCUCGAUGUGGGGAAACCUAUCGGCUGUUUGGGCAAUUAAGAAGAAAAGGCUUUCUGUGCCCGAAGGCUUUAGGGAUGAACAUGGCAUAGCCAUCCUGGUCUACACUGAUUCCUCCAAGCCACUGUACUGGAAGUUGAACAAGGCAGUGAGAGAGGCUGGGGUCUCCCGAGAUAACUACAUGAGCAAUUUCCACUUCAAAGCUCUUCAUUACUAUCUGACGAGAGCCCUGCAGCUCUUACGGGCUGACUGUGGCCACCUGUUCAGACACCAGCUGUUCCGGGGAGUCCGAUCCAUCCGCUUCGAGCCCAGCGGGGCAGGUGUGUUCCGGUUUGGACAGUUCACCUCUUCCUCGCUGGACGUGGCUUUAGCUCGGAGUUAUGGCAACGCCACGUUCUUCACCCUGCACUCCUGCUUCGGGGUCCACAUCGAGUCAUUCUCCGCCAUCCCUGCCGAGCGAGAAGUGCUGAUCCCCAUGAACGAAGUGUUCAACGUCUCCAGCUUCUCCCGGGAGGGGAACCGCAGCGUCUUCCUCCUGCACAGCAUGAACCAGACCUGCAGCCAUUACAACUGCGCCUACCUUGGGGGAGAGAAGUCUCCAGAAUGUGUUGACAACACAGUUGCAGGAAGGAGUGUCAGGGUGUCCAGCAACAUGAGCCCUGUGUUCGUUGGUGGAAUUGUCCUGGUCAAUAUUGCUGCUCCGAAACUCUUUGCCAAUUUCAAACUCAUCUUGACUUUGUAAACAACAAAUUAAAAAAAAAGUCUCAUAAAAAUAAAUGGAGGUGGGGUCCUUUAC